AUGGCGAGCGAGAGCGACAUUCAGGCCGCAUUCCAGGAGUGCGAGAGUAGGGGAACGCUUCCAGCAGCAAAGCUUGGCGAAGCGGCCCGACUCGCAGGCGCGUCGCCUUCUAAUGCCGAAGUCUCUGCUUGUGCAGGCCAGUCAGGCGGAGGGUUGGAUUUGGCGGCAUUCAAGGCCUUCUGCACGAAGACAAAGCAUGGCGACGACGACCUGAAGGACCUGAAGGAGCUGUUCAGAGGGGCGGAUAUGAACGAUACAGGGAAGUUGCCGAAGGUGGCAAUGAAGAAGAUGCUUCAGAGCUUCGGCGAGCCUCUGACUGAUGAUGAGUUUGAAGCUGUGGUGAAGGAAUUCGCGCGCGACGGGGGCGAAAAUGUCGAUUAUGCCAGCAUGCUCGCACGCAUUAUCCAGUCGUAG